CCUGUCCACUUAUUAAACAAACCACUCAACUAUGCCACCGUCUCCCCUUUUCUUUUCUUCAGUUCCUAUUACUCACUGAAAAACCCAAUUUCACAGUCCAAACCCUAACCCUAACCGCUUCCCCUGCAUCUCGUUCAUCUGCAAACCAUCGUCUCCAUCUCAAUCGCCAUCUGUAUAGGCACAUAAGAAUGAAGCGUCCGCGUUCAUAUAAACAAAAAAACCCUAUAAUACCACAGAAUAAUGCUGCUUUACGCGUAUCUGAAUUUGAUGAAAGAGCAUCGGGAAACGUCAGUGCGAUGCGAGUGGAAAGUGAAGCUCGAAGAACUGUUCCGCUCGCAAGGGGCAGGCAAGGAGGUCUAGAGAUGGAAAGAAAUGAUAAUGGGAUUAUGCAGAUUAGUACGGACAGAUUGAGUCAUGUGAUUGCAUCGGUUAUUAGAGAAAUAUCAAAGGAAGCUGGUGGCAUGGCUAGUUUUUCAAGGUGUUUAGUAGAUGACUCGUUCGACAAUGGACAGAUGGCUCAACCUCACGUCAAUGUGGACAUCGAGGAAAACAGAAGGCAGCUGCAGCAGGAGCAGGAGCAAUAUUCUGAAUACAAGCAGCAAGAGUUGGAUGCUGCACUAGAAGUGAUUAAAAAGACGAUGAUGUUGGAUGCAGCGGAACCGUUUAACAGGCCUGUAGAUCCCGCUGCACUUGACAUACCUGAUUAUUUUGAUGUUAUCAAGACACCAAUGGAUUUUGGUACUAUAUGCAACAACCUUGAGAAUGGCCUCAAGUACAUGAAUUCAGCAGAUGUGUUUAUGGAUGUGCAAUAUAUUUGGCACAAUUGUGUCAUUUAUAAUAAGCCGGGUGAUCACAUUUUGAAGCUCCUGAAGCGGGUGAAGUCAUUCUUCAUGAAGCACUGGAAAGCGGCUGGAUUACUCACGGAACAAUCACCGUCUGUUAUUGAUGUCCAUCCUGUUACAGAGUCUUCUAUCUUGAGGCACAACAAACGACAAAACGAAACCCCAAUUGUCAAUAAUUUUACCCAAUUGCAGAACACCGAGGCUAGUCAACCCCAGCAGAGCUCUAGUCAACAACAGUUUUCCAUCCCGAGGCACAACAAACGACAAAAAGAAAGUCCACUUGUCAAUACUUUUACUCAGUUGCAGAAUCCCGACACUAGUCAACCCCAGCAGAGCUCUAGUCAACAACAGUCUUCCCCAGAAAAGGAUGAGCCUAACAUUGAUUCGAGAAAUACUGAAAAGAAGCGCCAAAUUAGAGGGCUAGCAGCUCACCAAAAGUUAUUAACGUCAGCGGGAAGGAUUAAAGUUUUAACGAAUGAGCUGGGUCAGCCUGUGGGUCCCGAGGCUGUAAAAUUAACGAGCUUUAUGGGACACAUAGCACGGGAUGGAAACUUGGCUCCGCUUACGUGUUCAGGUUGGAGGAAAAUGCCGGAAGAGAAUAAAGAGAAGAUGUGGCAGAAAAUUUUGACAACGUUUGAUAUUGAACCUAGUUGUCGACUAUCGGUGCUGUUGUCAAUUGGAAGUAAAUGGAGAAACUUCAAAUCACAGCUUAAGGUUGCUCAUUAUGAUACUCACACAACUGAUGAGGAACGGCUUGCGGACCGCGAUGAGCGGGUCCGACCUGAUCAAUGGGCAUUUCUUGUUUCUCAGUGGAGCUCUGCUGAAUUUCAGAGACUUAGUGCUAGAAACAAGGCUAAUCGUGCAAAGGUGAAGUUCAUUCACACCUCAGGCACAAAAAGCUUUGCUAGACUACUUGAGGAGGAGAGGGAAAAAAGGCCUGAUGGGCAAGAACUCUCACAGGCGGAACUAUUUAUAUUGACUCGAACUCGCAAAAAUGGUCAACCCGUGAAUGAAACGUCAGCUGCUGUAAUUUCUGAACUUCGUGAAUCUGCAAAUCCGGAAGAUGCUUACCAUCGCGUGAUGGGAGGGGAUAGGGAACGUGGUAACCGUGGUGUGUCCGUAUCUGAAUUAAAUGCUACGCGCGAGACAAUAGUUCCUAGUCGUGCUGAGGCGUUGAAGAUGGUGGAGGAAAAGAAUGUCGAGGUUGUUGAAAUGAAGGAGAGACUUGCAUCGGUAGAGGAAACAUGCUCACAGAUGGCUGCUCAGAUGUCUGCAAUGGUGUCGAUGAUGGCUAACAUGCAGAAAGCGUUCACUGGGGAUAAUAUUCCUAAUGGUAUUCCGAUGGGUAGACCAAAUCAGUCAGAACCUGCUUUUACAUCUAAUCAUGAAGCUCCUACUAAAUCGGCUCGUGGAAGGAAGAAGAGAAGGUAGAAAGACCAAGACCAAGACCAACAAGGUACUUCCUUCACAUGAAUUUAAAUCGCCUUUGUAAUAUUUUAUGGAUUCCUAAAUUUAAUUUUGUAUACUUUUUGGGACUAUCCAAACCUGUCCAAACCUGAAUUAACAUUCCUAGGUAAAAGUAGUUCCCUUUACUUGAUGAUGAA